AUGGCAUUAGAGCCUUAUUUUUGCCUCCAAACGUUACUGGCCCUCAUCCAGCCUCUAGACCAGGGAGUUCUAGAAACUUUUAAGCGAAACUACAAAAAGAGGCUGCUUAGAAAUCUACUGGAGAAGCUAGAGGACGGGCUGGGUGUCACUGAUGCUCUCAAGUUAAUCACAAUGAAAGAUGUUGUCUACUGGGUGUCAGAAGCUUGGGAUAACGUUAGGGAGGACACUAUAAGAAGGUCAUGGCGCAAACUUUUCGGAAUUGAAAAGGCAAGCCGCCAAGAGACAGCUGCUCCUGAAAACCAGCCAAGAGCAUGUCCUCCUGAAAAUGAAGAGCUUGUGAAUCUUUGUAACCACCUUCCAGUGGCUGAGCCCAUCAGUGCAGAGGACAUCAGUGAAUGGAUCAAUGGAGAUGAGGAUCAGGCCCUAACUGAUGACGUGAUUAUCCAGAUGCUCAACCAACCAGAAGAUGAUGACAACGAUGAACCUGAUGGGGCGACUGAGAAAAUAUCACAUACAGAAGGUCUAAGAACGAUCGAGGGAGCACUGGCAUACAUUGAACAACAAGAAACCGCAACAACAAACGAUUUAGUUUGGCUGCGACGCUGGCGCAACAGGGCGGCUAGCCUAAGAUCCUCUAAUCUAAGUCAAAAAACAAUAACUGAUUUCUUUGGGAAAAAAGAUUAGCUUACUUUGUUUAUUUUUGUACAAUGUACAGUAAAUUAAUUUUCAUUUCUUUGAUUUAAUUUUGUAAACAGGAAUACUGUACUGU